AUGAGCAAGCCGAUGACCGACUCAGAGGUGAUCUCGGAAAUGAAGAAGCUGGUGGCCUUCAUCAAGCAAGAAGCCAUGGAAAAAGCCCGCGAAAUCAAGGUCAAGGCCGACGAGGAGUUCUCGAUCGAAAAGGCAAAGAUCGUCCGCCAGGAGACCGCGAGCAUCGAUGCGCUCCAUGCCAAGCGGCGCAAGCAGGUCGAGGUCCAGAAGCGCAUUACCCAGUCCACCCUCAGCAACCAGUCCCGCCUCGAGCAGCUCCAGAUGCGCGACCAGCUGCUCCAGGACGUCUUCGAGGAGGCCAAGAAGGGCCUGGCCGACCUGACGGCCGAGCCCGCCAAGUACGAAGAGAUCCUCGAGAACCUCACCCUCCAGGCCCUGUUCUCCCUGAUGGCCAAAGACAUCCUCGUCUCCGUCCGCCCCCAAGACCGCGAGCUGGCCGACCGGGCCGUCUCCCAAGCCGUCCACCGGUUCAAAGAAGAGGCCAAGAUCGAGUGCACCCACUCCAUCAACCACGAGCUCUCCCCCCAAUCGAAAGGCGGCGUCGUCGUCUGCGGCUUCCAUUCGCGCAUCAAGGUCGACAACACCCUCGACCAGCGCCUCCGCUUGCUCGAAGAAAAAAUGUUGCCCGAGAUCCGCAGCACUUUGUACGGCAAAAACCCGAACCGGAAGCACGAAACUUGA